UUGACAACACGCUUGAAGACAUUCGCAUUAUUACAUUUUGCAUUUCCGACUUAAAGUAAACAAACUUUUACUAUGAGAGGAAAACUCUUCUUGUUGUCAAUAGCUGUGGCAGUCGCUGCUUAUUUUUUUGGACCGAAAUGUGUAAAAAAGUUUUUUCAAAGCGCUUUAGGACAAAAUGAAACAGUAGAUAAUGUGCACAUAAGAAUAUUUACAAAAGACAAUCUUGCUUUGUACAAGGGAGACAAUAAUGGGGACGUCUAUCUAGCAUUAGCUGGUUAUGUGUUCGACGUUACCAAGGGAAGAAAACAUUAUGGUCCUGGGGGAGGAUACGAGUUUUUCGCAGGCAUUGACGGGUCCAAGGCAUAUGUCACUGGUCAGUUUGAUAAAGAUGGCUUGACAGAUGAUAUUUCAGAAUUAUCACCAGCAGAAGUGCUUGGUCUAGAGAACUGGAAAGCAUUCUAUGAAAAGGACUAUAAGCUUAUAGGCAAGGUUGAAGGGGCUUUUUUUGACAAAGAUGGAAAAGAACUUCCUAUGAUGCAGUUGUACAAGAAGAAAUUGAAACAAGCCUUACUAGAGAAAGACUUGAUUGAAAAUGAUAAAAAGCUUUUCCCGCCGUGCAAUUCUGAAUGGAGCCAAAACAGCGGAGGGAGGGUGUGGUGUUCAACUCGAAGUGGUGGAGUUGCCAGAGACUGGGUUGGUGUACCUCGAAUGUUCUACUCAGCAGGAAGCUCUCAGCCAAGAUGCGCCUGCAUUCGAACCACAGGCCCACCUUCUCAUGACCCAGAGAGUACUAAUCACAAAAACAGAGGAGAUCUUGAUAAUCCUAAUUUAAAUCGCUAUGCUAAUUGUGAAGAAAUGUCAGAGUCUUGUCCACUUCCUCAAAACAAUUAAAUUUAUGUGCAUUUUAGGUCACUAAAAAAAUUUAGUUUACACAUUUAUAUUAGUACAUAAGCUUAUUUUUGUUUUAUGUUGACUAAUUAUAAAAGCUUUUUAUUUUAUUUCUUUUCUACACACUUAUGAAAGAAUAUAAAAUGUCAGUUUUACAUGUUUAGUUUAUGACAUAUUUGUAUUAUGCAGCCCAUUUGAAGAUUCAUGAUGUCUCAAUAGGUUUUAUCCAUAUUUAACUAAGAAUAAAUAAAACCACAAAAUCUGCAUUCAUCUUGAUCAUUCCAUAAUUUGAUUAAUAAAUCUUGUCUGGUACUAGAAAUAAAGAUACUUUACUUAGCUUGCUAUACAUUUUCAUAAAUGUCUUAGUUUUACUAGAUUAGAUUAAUAAUUUUUAUUGUAUAUAUUCUUAGUUAUGUUCACACAUUAAUAUUUAUAAUUGAAUAGUUGUAAUCAGAUUAAAAUAGACAUUUCAAUUUAAAUAACAUACAAGGAGGAACUCCUCAAAGCUGAGCUGGUUUGGUCAUAUUGUAAGACAUGACUCACUGUCUUAAGUCAUUCUUCAAGGUACAGUGGAGGGAGCACUAAAAAAAAAGGGUUGUCCACAGAAAAACUGUCUGGGCAAGGUAAAAGAAUGGACCAGCCUCUCUCUAUAUCCUACUAAGAACAGUUGCAGACUGGGAAGAAUGGAGGGAUUUGGUUUCACAAACUGUCACAGCACUCCUACGACGAAAGUCAAGGGACUGAUGAUGAUAAGUUUUAAGAUUAGGUUGACAACAAUAUACUAUUAAACAUAUCAUUGUUUGAAAUGUACUUGCUAGUGGAGUAUCUCUGGUUGUAUACAAAUGUUUUUGUUAUUAUGCUAUUUAUGAUUUAGCUGACAUUAUAUAUAUAUAUAUAUAUAUAUAUAUCUUUCUUUUCUAACAUCUCUAGUAUAAAUAUAGAACUUUACUUUUUAAAAACCUGCUUUAGUAGUGAUAUUCUAUUAGUCAACUGAACUCACUUUUUCAGUUUAAUCUUUACUGAUUUUUUUUGUUUGUUUGUGAAGAAUAUAAUUGAUGUGAAUACUUAGCAAUAAACAACAGAGUAACUCAACAUGUUUUUUCUUAAAAUAAAUGUUAGAAUAGCCUUUUAAAUCUCACUGUAUAUUUCUUUUUAAAUAUUGUUGUUAUUUUCUUGUCAAUAGGGGUUGAAUGAUCAUCUUUGUUAUAAUUGAAUGAAUCACUUUUCUGUCUUUUUUUUCCUUCUUUUCAUAAUGUUUUUUUAAUUGUUAUUGUACUUAAUCACUGAAUUGUUUUAUGUAAAACUCACUGUGGACUAGAGUCGUAAGUGCAGUUUUAUUUAGAGUUGCCCUUAUCCUGUAAUAACUUUUGUAUUCCUAUUUUGACUGCUGGAAUUACCCUCUAUCCAUUUUAUUCACAUUUAGAUAGUGAUAUUCACUUCUCGUUGUCCACAAAACAGGAAAAAUCUAUUUAUGUAAUGUACCAUAGUCUUUUUUUCUUGUAUGUAAAACAUACAGGAUGAACAAUUCAUGCCAUAUGUUCACAGGCUCCAAAUUUAUUUCUCAAUCCAUAUUCCGGCAAAAAAAAAAAAAACUACUUUAAAAAAUCUAUACAUUUUGGUAUAUCAGGUGUAAAAAAUAUAGAAAGGUGUUUUGAUAUGCUUUGUAUUUUAAAAGGUUUAUAAUCUUCUAAUUUUUUUUUUCAAUUUUUUUAACAAUGUCAAAUCAAAUUUCUAAGCUCUUUUGCUUGUAACACAAAAUAAUUUUUAUAAUUGACUUGGCCAUAGUGAUCUUUUAAUAUAGUGCCCCUUUACAUUCAUUUGUUUCUUUCUUUUUAUUAAAAUGUCUUCCUUUUAUUUUCAUUUGUUAUUCCUUUGGUUAUCUUAUAUCGCCUUAUAUUUCUUUACCAAUGCUUCAGCAGUUUACUGUUUAAACAAUGUAAGCUGGAUCUUACACAUUGAAAGCCAAACAAAGAGAAGAUUGCAAUGUAAACUCAGUUUAAUAUUGUUUGUGAAAACCCUCUCUACCUAUUGGAUGGAACAUUAACUCUUUCUUUCCGUAAUUAUUUAACACAUUCUGAUGGAAUCAACGUUGGUAUUGUCAGUUAGGAGAGAAAGAGUUAAGAAGGGUGAUAAGCUCUAAUAGUUAUAUUUUUAACAAAUCUCCUAAAAUUCAGAUGUAGUUUUUGUAAGUCAUACUGUGAAUUGAAAAUGUUUUUAAUAGUAAUAUUUGACCAUGGCAUUGUUCAACUUUAUUUAACAUUAAAAACAUUUUAUAAAAUAGAGUGCUUUUGAUUUAUCACUGGACAUUUGAAAUACAUCUUUUAUCUUUUAACUUUAUUUACCAUUAAAAACAUUUUAUAACAUUGAGUGCUUUUGAUUUAUCACUGGACAUUUCAAAUACAUCUUUUAUCCUUUGCAGUACUGGUUUUUGAUUUAUUAUUUAACUUGACAAAAAUUUGAUUGCUACUGGUUGAACAUCACAUACAAUAAAUUGUUGAUCACUUGGAAUAAAACAUUGUUAAAUUAA